AAAAAAACCAUGUCUGGCUUCUAUUAGUUAUUCAAUUCAAAUAAAGAACUGAAAAGGAAUAAUCAGUCUUUGGUUGAACUGAUCACAGCCUGGUGACAUGCAAACUGUGAGAAGAGGUCUGGGAUAGGCAUCUAAAUAUAGCUUUGUUUUAAGGGGGCGCAAGUCAAAAUAGUUGGGAACCACUGUGGUGAAGUAUGGCAUUGUAAUUCUUUUUCUAUCUGCAUUGUUAUAUAUCCUUGUAUGGAAGUACUCCUAGUGCGCCACUGCCACCUGGUGGCUACCUGGAGCACGUACAGGAGGAGGAGGUGUUUCGGAAGUGGACACGGCAGGCCAGAGAAGGAAUCGAAGGAAAAGGGCGGAGGAGAGGGAGCUACCGGGGGGAUUGAGAAAAUGAUAAACCAUCGUGACUUUUAGCAGCAGGACAAUUUAUUAUAUGAAACUUAAGUAUCGCAGGACUUUAAAGACACUUGCGAGCUACUUUGUUUACGGUGAACGACAUAUGGCUAUAAGAUUGUAGCUCCAGGAGAAAGGGAAGCACAGCUCCCGUCCUUAAAGAAGUUUGUCUGACGGGGCAGGUGGGUGGGCGGGCGACAGGGAGUUGCAGGGGCCAUGCAUCAGGGGUGAGGGGGACUCGCUGCGGGGGACACACACAGCGUCGGGUGAGGAGGGUGUUGGGGGCCGGUCGGUGUGGAGAUGAAGCUCAAACAGCGUAUGGUGGUGCUGUGUGCCGUGCUCCUCCUGCUGGGCCUGGCCAAGAUCUUCCUGCUUGACGGAGGCGAGGGCUCCGCAGCCAGCCGACGGGACCUCAGAGCAUUUCGCAAGAUGGAAGCUGGCCUCUCUCUGUCCCGGGGAGCUCGCCUUACCCACACCCUCCAGUCUCCGUGGGAGAUAGCAAGCCAGUGGGUGGGCCCGAGAGAGGUGUACCCUGAGGAGACCCCAGAGCUGGCUGCUGUGCUCACCUCUCUCAGCACUGCCAGGAUAGAACGGGCAGAUGUGGGCUAUAAGGGUACGCAGCUCAAAGCCCUGCUGGUGCUGGACGGGGGACAGAAAGUGGUCUUCAAACCCAAGAGAUAUAACCGGGACUACGUGGUGGAAGGCGAGCCAUAUGCAGGCUAUGACAGACACAAUGCAGAGGUGGCUGCUUUUCACCUAGACAGGAUCCUGGGGUUCAGGAGAGCACCUCUAGUGGUAGGGAGAUAUGUCAGCCUGCGAACAGAGAUUAAACCUGUGGCCACAGACCAGCUGCUGAGCACCUUCCUCAUGCAGGGUAAUAAUACAUGCUUCUAUGGAAAGUGUUAUUACUGUCGGGAGAGCGAGCCAGCUUGUGCAGAGGGAGAGAUAAUGGAGGGAUCGUUAACCCUUUGGCUGCCAGACGUCUGGCCAUUGCAGAAACACAGACACCCCUGGGGACGCACAUACAGAGAGGGCAAACUGGCCAGGUGGGAGUAUGAUGAGAGUUACUGCGAGGCGGUGAAGAAAAUGCCUCCAUAUGAUGCAGGGCCGAGGCUGCUGGACGUCAUCGACACAGCCAUAUUUGAUUAUCUCAUUGGGAACGCUGAUCGGCAUCACUAUGAGAGUUUCCAGGAUGACGGCGGCGCCAGCAUGCUCAUCCUUCUCGACAACGCAAAGAGCUUUGGGAACGCAGCUCUGGAUGAGCGAAGUAUCCUCGCACCACUCUAUCAGUGCUGCAUGGUUCGUGUGUCCACAUGGAACAGGUUAAACCUGCUGAGAGGGGGAGCUCUGAGUUCAGCAAUGCGGCAGGCUCUGGCAUUCGACCCUAUCCACCCAAUCCUGGCCGAGCCACACCUCGCAGCCCUGGACAGGCGUCUGUCUGGAGUCAUAGCAACUGUCAAGCAGUGUAUGGAGGCACAGGGCACUGACAACACUCUUAUAGAGGACCGAAUGAACCUCCCACAUCCCUAGAUGCAAGGGACAGGAGAAAACAGAGGAAUGGGAACAGCGAGGACUCAACUUCCUGAGCCUGGAAUAGAGGACAGGGAAGGAGGCGACUGAUCACAUGUAUGAGCUCUGGUGUUAAAGAAAGAGAUGAGUAAAUGGAUCGACAGGGUGGCUUGACUGGGUACUUCUUCCCCCCUUGUCCUUUCCUUGUUUGUCACUCUGAUAAGACUGGACUAGUUCUCUAAAAGGAAUCGCUGGAUUCAAAGUGUCACUUUCAACUACAUAAACGUUUUCUCAGGACUGUUGUACACUAUAGGACAGGCUGUAAGGACCCCUCCAUCUACUACUACUUCUGGCUGUGACGACACUCCUGCCUUGUGCCAAAUUCUCCCUCCCAGUCCACCUUUCCCUGAGGAGUCAGCUUACAGAGGAAGGAGGUAGACACUCAAAGGAGCAGGAGAUGAAAAUGAGCCACCAACAUCUCGAUGAAAGACACUGUACAGCUGUGUUUUAGGCUAUUUGGAGCCAAGAAAAGAAAUGUAGAUUCCUGUUGAAUUAACAGGAAAAUCGAUCUAUUUUAGAACUGAAAAAUGUUUUUUUCCUUGAAUUGAAAUUGAACUUUGAUUGGAAGGAAUUAAUUCAGCCCUACCGCAUCAUUGUGUACAUAUUUAACUAAGUAGUGACAUAGAAUUGUGAGACAAAAGAAUAUACAUUUGUGGAUUAUAAUAAUUAAACUUAAGGGUGUGCGUGUGUGUGUGUGGGUGUGUGGGUGUGUAUGGAGGAGUGCCAUAUUGUGCCGUUAAUAAGAAAGCUACUGACAUGACAGACUUGAAGUGAGGGGACACCGUGGUUGGGUGUGUGGGUUCAUCUUCAGCAUUAAACUAUGAUCUAUUUAA